CCCCCCCCCAGCAACAUCAUGACUGCUAGACGCAAAAUUCAGAUUUCUCAUGGGUUGUCUCCUCACAGGCUAUGCCACCGUAUCAAGGCCUUGACAGCCAUAGUUCCUGUAGCUCCGUUUCUUCAUCAGCCAUAGAAGCAAGCCAGAAAAGAGCGACCAUUCUUCAAUCAUGUACUAAGGAAUAAAAGUGAGGUCAACACAGAAUUAGCAAGUUAACUUGUCCUCUACGCCAGCCAGUAAUAUCCCAAUGAGGGAGAAGAGCAAGUACCACCAAACCCUGCUUCUGGAAUUUUUCAGACCAUUUUUGAGGUCUGCAAAUGGAAACAACCCCCAUUCCAGAGAUCAUAGUAGAACAUGCACCACCAGCUGGCAACACUGACCAGGCCCUAGAGGAGGCUUUGGUAGAGACAAAAACUGAGCAGGAGGUAGAGGAAGAUGAUGAUUCUGUGCAGGCAUGCCCCUUUGUUCUCUAUAUUGGGAACUUGAACCCCAAGUAUUCCCGUGAAGUUAUCUGCAGCAUGCUCAAGGACAUCUUUGGCAUGGCCAGUGUCACCCUCCAGCGACACAACAUUGAAGUGGUAAAGAAGCGCAGGCAAGCCUAUGCCUUUGUCCAAGUGGCAAGCGAUGUCAGCCUGGAACGUGUCUUAAAACAGCUUCUGCUUGCCGCGGAAGCGGAAGCGGACCUCACCAAGGAGCUUCUAAAGAAAGGGAAGAAUCUGGUGGUAGGGCAAUGCAAGAAGUUUCCAUUUCAUUCCAAAGAUGGCAGAGAGAGCGACUCUGUUGGGAGCAGCUCAGAAACUCUUCUGAGAGGGCAAGGGCCUGAGAGAAGCAGGAGGUGGCUUCUAAAUGAAAACCAAACUAACCCCAUCAGAAAUUCUGCCCAAUACCCUUGGAGUCUAGCAGAACGGCCAGCAGCAGCCUUCCUGAGUGGCACUCGUUCAGACAGUGCCAUUGUCCAGAGAGAAAUCGUAGGGAAAGAGUGCCUCUUCUAUGGAGCUUUCAUGGGCAGUGAAACCCGGAGUGUGGAAUUCAAACGCGGAAGUGGGGAAUAUCUGACAGUAACUCUAAAACAUCAUGUCCGGAAGUACGUGUGCGCCUUUCUCAACAGUGAAGGAGGCAGCUUUUUUGUGGGGGUUGAGGAUAAUGGCUUAGUACGUGGAGUCAGGUGUGACCACAAAGAUGAAGACAGAGUCCGGCUGCUCAUAGAUUCUCUUUUGAAAGGCUUCAAACCGCAAGUUUUCCCAUCAGCCUAUGCACUGAGCUUCAUUCCAGUUAUCAAAGCUGAAGACACUGGGAUCUUCUUGAAAGUUAUUCGACUAAGAGUUCAUCCUCCCAAACAGAACGAGCCACUUCUUUAUGAAACAGACCAAGGGGAAGUCUACAUGCGGCGAGACGGUAGCAUUCAGGGCCCUCUCUCUGGGAGUGCCAUCCAAGAGUGGUGCCGACAGAAAUGGACAGAUGAGAUCAAGAAGCUGGAGGCAAAAAUAGAGAGCUUGCUGAAGGAGAAGGAAGAAACAUUCCAGCAGCAACGUAUCAGCCACACUAGCUGCUGCAUUGUCAUGUGA